AUGAAACCUAUAAUUAGCGCUCUUUGCGGCGAUCUCAAUAUCUCAUAUCCGGCGACCGGAUGUCAGAAACUACUGGACAUCGAUGACGAGAAGAAGGUCCGUAUCUUUUACGACAAGCGUAUGGGACAGGAGGUGGAGGCGGACUCGUUGGGUGACGAGUGGGCCGGUUAUGUGGUCCGCAUCGCCGGCGGUAACGACAAGCAGGGCUUCCCUAUGAAACAGGGAGUCCUGACCAACGCUCGCGUCCGCCUAUUGCUGUCGGCCGGACACUCGUGUUAUCGCCCGCGCCGUACGGGUGAACGCAAACGCAAGUCUGUCAGAGGAUGUAUUGUCGACUCCAAUCUUAGUGUCUUGGCUUUGGUUGUCGUCCAGAAAGGGGCCGAACUGACUGUUGUUUUUCUCCAUGACGUCCGACAAUAUGUGGUCCGCAGACCGUUGGCCGUGAAAGAGGGCAAAAAGCCCAGAACUAAGGCUCCGAAGAUUCAGCGAUUGAUUACUCCGAAAGUGGUUCAGCGGAAGCGAAGACGUCUGGCGAAGAAGAGACAGAGAGCUGUUAAGCGCAGAGAUCAGGCCUCAGAAUACGCCCGACUUCUCGCUCAACGACAAAAGGAGGCGAAGGAAAAGAAGGCAGAGGAGGCCCGUAGGAGGCGAUCGUCCGCUUCCUCAGGAGGAGGAAAGACUGCCAGCUCUUCAUCGGCUUAG